CGGGCGCCUUUCUACAGCUGGUGGCAAUCUAGAUGGCGAGGAUGGGGAGAAUAAGUACGAAUGGCGUUGGGGUCCUCGAACGCAUAGCGAGAUUGGAGAGAAGGCGGUACAGGAGUUCGUCGCAGAGUUUGGUUUAUUUUGUUCUUAACGAUUGCUGGUACGUUGCUAUCAAAACUUUCCUCCCCGAUUCUUCGGGAAAACUAUCAUCCGUCCCUUCAUGUUCCCAGUGGGUUGGGUAAUUCAACGAUGCAGAGGACAUCGUCGUAUGAAGGUUUUAUGUUCUCUUUUGCUGGUAUCACCUGUAUUUGCCUGCUUAUGCCAGAAGAGCGACACUUGUCAGUCCCCAAGAGUAGAGAGACGGUCGAUGCUGGGAGAUACACAAAGAUUACUUUACACAUGUAUACUAGUUGGAAGAGGAAAGGACAUCGAGUUUCGGGAAUGCAUGGAACUUUGGAACAUGGAACUUUGGAACAUGGAAGAAACAAACCGAAUGAUUUCCCUAGUUGUUCCGCUUUCUUCACACUCUUCAAACUUUUAAAUACUCGGGCUUUUCCGUCUCUGCUCAGUUGCCGUUCUUCAGGACUUCGACGACAUCGAUGUAGCGUCGAAGCAUUGUUUGUCCGA